GUUGCUUCCUUCUCGCCUCAGGGGCUCUGCUUCGGGAUCCGGGCCCCGCCGGGCGGGAUGAGGGCGCUGCCCCCGCACUGGGCACCCCUGGCGCUGCGGGCGGCGGGCAGGUGCUGUGGGCCGCCCGUCCCCCGCCGCCGUUGCAGCGGCUCUGCCGAUGCCGGCGGCCGCAAACCCCUGCAGGAGUGGGCGCUGUGGGUGAGUCCGCGGGGUCGGCUGCGGGUGCGGCUGCCCUGCCAGGUGAGCGUCCGCCCGCUGGACCCGCAGCGCUACCCGGACGCGGAUCGCGUGCUGGUGGCUGUCAGCGGCGCCGGCGGCAGCCCCUCGCCCCGCGGCCGGGAGCAGGACCGCGUCCGGGUAGAGUACGACGAGGCGCUGGAGCAGAUGGCGAUCGUGGCGGACGGCCUGGACAGCAAGGCCGCCGUGGACGUGAGGACACCCGUGAAGUUCGACUUGGAUAUCAAAACAUCAGGGACUGGCUGCGUGAGGAUUCAGAAACUAGAAUGUGAUAACUGCAAAAUAGAAACGGAGAAGGGGACUAGUGUCCUGCAGUCAAUAAAGAGCCAUAAAAUAGAUAUACGGACAAACGGUGGCAAAGUAAUUGGUCUUGGAACACUUUAUGGAAAUACAGAUAUUCAUGCAACAGAGAAGGGUAGUGUGAAUAUAGAGAAGCUGCAGGGGACAUCCAUCAACAUAUCUACUGAAGAUGGGCUGCUGAAAACAAAGUAUCUCUAUGCAGAAUCAUCACGUCUGUCUUCAGUAGCUGGUGAUAUUCUGCUGGGAAGUAUUCAUGGUAACACCAGCCUUCAGACCAAAACUGGGAGUAUUACAGUAGAUUCAUCAGAUGGAAGUCUAAAAGCUUCUACACAUCAUGGGACGAUAGAUGUUUAUGUCAGUCAGUUAAGAAAAGUGGAUCUGAAAUCCCAGAAAGGUUCAAUUACAGUCAAGGUACCUGCCUCUCUCAAAGCCUAUUUACAGUUGUCUGGAAGGAAAGUGGAUGUGAGCUCAGAGAUUCAGUUAAAAGAAAUGCAGAGUGCCUCCAAAGAUGAUCACGUAACUAUAAGUGGUCACAUGAAUCAACGGGAUGAAACAGACAGGUGGAUUAAGGCUGACACGCAAAAUGGCAAAGUGUGUCUUAAAAGCCAAAGUUGGAUCCAGUCUGUCAAGCUGAAGAGCUCUUAAAGGGGAAAUAGGCCAAAGAGAUUGUAAAGGAACAUUUCUGUAAAAUUAUGAACCUUUUUUGAUGUAUAUUCUUAAUAUAAGAAAGAAACAAUAUUAAAAAUGAGGGUGCUUUCACCCAAGAUUUGCUGUGACUGUGGCUGAUGCUUAACAGAUCACUUUUAGUGCCUUUUAGGAACAACACGAUCUUACAUAUUUGGGAUUUGUAUAACUUGAGCACUCACUGUGGCAGUUUAAAAACUGGUAACUUUCAAACAAAAGUUUGGAGUAAGGGAAGAGUCCACAUCACUGUGCCCUUCAGGUAAAAGCUGCCACAAAAUGGAAGUAUUGGCCUAAUAAAUGAGAACCGUGAUCUGUUUCUUUGCUGCAUUUCCUUUGACUGUCAGCCUUGCAUGAUGGGACUGUCUGUCAGCUCUCGGGGGCAGAGGAAGGAUGUGAGGGGAGGAGGUAUAUGUGAUUUUUGUGGAGGAUUUUGUGUUACCACAAUGCAAACACACAGUAAAGGAAAUGGAGCUUUUAAAAAGCUUUUCCAUGCAUGUGUAUGGCACCUUGUAAAAGUAGUACUGAAGUUUGUGGUUUAAAAACUGAGGAAUUUCCUGCCAACUGAGUGUAGCAAAGAGGAGUUCAGAGUGUUGGCUCAGGUUUUAAGCUGUGUAUGUGUGAGUAUGUACUUUAGUUCAUAAGGGUACAUUAUGAAAUGAACUCUGUUCCCACAGGAUUCCCCAGGAGGUGUAAUUGCCCCUGGCUAACAGCUUCAAUAGUCAAAGGCAGCAUUUAUACUCUAAUUCAGGGUGGUUAAAACCCCAGUGUUUUUUGCUGUUGUGUGUACUGUUUGUGUGGAUAAAUUGGGCACAGACGUUUAUGGCAAAUGUGUAUUUUUAAUAUCAACACUAAUAUAUAGCACAUUGCUAAUAUUAUUACUAAAAGCAAUACAUUGUUGCUAGUUACUUGUCAUUCUUCUAAAAGAUACAAAGUUAAUAAAUGUGUAAUGGUUUUAGA